AUGAGGACAUUUGCAGCUGUUCAGUCAGUGGGGGGAGUGGAGUUGUUGGCGGCGCUAGUAACCAGCGAGGGGCUCCAACCAGAGCUUGACGACCAGACGAGCGCUAGGUUCUUGACCUUUGCUGUGAAGGGCGAGGGCCAAGUGCACGCGGUGGCAUUAGGGUCGGAGGUCGAACUCCAGGAGCUCGAUGCCAAGCUCGAAGCCUCAGAUCUCGACCAGCGCAAGCUCGUGUUCGAAAGCAUAAGCAGACUCAAGGUUUUCCAUGUCCCCGAGCAAACCGCUGCAUACACCGAGUCUGCUGUGCGUAACAGCCUGAAGAAGUUCUUAGAUGAGGAGACCGUGGAGACGGAGACCAGACACCAGAUUUGGGUGGAUGCUUUCGGUAAGUGUCAAUCCGAGACUGAAUCCGAGAUCGUUGCUGAAGACACGGGCAACGAUGAGUUGCAGGUGUUUACGAGAAAGCUAAAGCGGAAAGAGCUGGAGCAUCUAUUGCCGAAAGUGCCAGAAGAGUGGUGGGAGGGGAUGCAAAGAUCGGCGGUCAGCUCAUGGACAGAGUGGUUGAACCUCGACGCCGUGCGCGAUGGUUUGAAACGCUGCCCGUCACAAACGAAACUGGCACUGGCGGGCGGUGCGCUGCUUGGCGUGGUAGGGUGCUACUUGAACUUCCUUCCUGCCGGCGCCGAUGGUGCAUCCUCAGGCAGCACCUCCACGGCUUUAGCUGAGUUCUUACCUUGUGUCAAUGAGACCAACUUGGAAGGGGCCAAGUGUCUGGAUGGUGUCCCACUUUGCGUGACGAAUGCAGCACACCCUGAGAAGGGCUGUGCGCUGUUCGGCGCCACAUUCGACCUUAGUACGUUAGAGCAGCUGACAUCCUCUGGGAUGUACAACGUUUGCCGCACGAGCGACAGUUGUGUAGUUACUGACACAAAAACGAAGACGAAUACCACGCUAACGACUGGCAAGACGACGAAGACGAAUACCACACUAACGACUGGCAAGACGACGAAGUCGAAGAUCCGAAAAUUAACGAUUGGCAACAUGAAGGAUAUCCGGUGGUGCGCCGACGAACUAGACCAAGAGGAGGCGUUGUGUGUCGAGGGUUUCGCUUUAUGCGUGCUGGAUACAGCCAAACCUGAGAAGAAGUGUCAGAGAAAAAGCUGGUCCGGGGCUGAAAAUAUGCGCAAAAGACUCUCCAAGUUCAUAUCUCGACACAGGAGGGUAGACUUUUGCCGGGUGAAAGGUGGAUGCACGAUCCCGCCCUGUGUCCGUGAAACUAACUUGAGACAUACCCACUGUGUUAAAGGUGUGCCUUAUUGUCUGACGAGUAAAAGCGACCCUAAGAAGAGGUGCUUUCUGAUGGGGACUCAGCUCAAAUUUGAAGACAUCUCCUGGUUCCGCGGUCAAUCAAACAGCCCGUUCAAAGUCUGCCGGGCGAGCGGUAAAUGCAAGGCCGAAAGGCCGGUGACCUGUGAUUUCCCUUGGCCGAAAGUGCUGUCAAGGGUGGAAGCCCCGGUGGAAGAAUGUGUCGGAACAGACAUGUCAUACGGCGGUGAGCCUGUUGAUUUCCCUGAGGA